UGGCGACAUAUCGUCUUCAAGUGGUGCUUCACGGGAAUCGACGAGCGAGUUCAACAUAGAGGUAUUGGACCCGCUCACGUCUGAGGACUUCGCAUGGCUUCCUCUCCCGACCACGGGCCGCUUGCCGGGACCGCAAUGCGCGACACUAUGCGCUCAUCUCCACACUUACUUAUCCUUCUAUGCACCACCAACUUCGCCGACGGAAGACGAAGUUGCGGUGGGGGACAUCCUUGCGUAUGCUACCAAGGUGGCCCGCGAGUUUCGCACGCAGCGGUACGAUGACAACAAUGCACCGCUCACGUAUGUCCGCAUCCAGGUUGGGCAAGCGUCCUGCAACGCUUUGCUGGAUAGCGGCGCGUCUCGCAAUUUCAUGAGCCAAUCCUUUAUGCAAAGGGCUGGCCUUGGCACACAAAUUCGGAGGAAGGCAGACCCGACGACGAUCAAGUUGGCGGAUGGGAAAACGCAGCAACUUCUCGACCGUUACAUCGAGGCCGUACCGGUCUACUUYGCACCUCAUGCAUGCGAACCGGUGACAUUCGAUAUUCUCGACACGGACUUCGACAUCAUUCUGGGAAUGCCUUGGCUUGCAAGUGCGGAUCACACGGUCAACUUCCAYCGACGGACUCUUAGCGUUCGCAACGCCUUCGGCGCGGAAGUGGCGUGUACUAUUCCUCUACCGCACCCUUCGAUUCGGUGCCAAGUGGUGACGGCGAAAUCAUUCAUGGCGACUUGCGCUUACGAGCAGCCCGAUGAGAUCGGCCUAUGUUUCCUAUGGACCGUCGCAGUAGCCGACGACUCACCCACGGACUUGUCUUCGGACCCCCGGGUGGUGCGGUUGCUGGACGAGUUCGCCGACAUCUUCGAGUCACCUACCGGUGUGGUGCCGGAUCGGCCGAUCUCUCACGAGAUCAUUCUUCAGGCCUUUGUCAUGCCGCCGAAAGGUUGCAUUUAUCGCAUGAGCGAGGAGGAGCUUGAGGUCCUCCGCGCACAACUCGACGAUUUGUUGGCUAAGGGUUGGAUCCGCCCUACCAGCUCCCCAUAUGGAGCACCGGUUCUUUUCGUCCGGAAGAAGAACAAGGAUCUACGAUUGUGUAUCGACUACCGCAAGCUCAACGCGCAAACCGUCAAGAAUGUGGGGCCUCUUCCUCGCAUCGACGAUCUUCUUGAGCGACUGGGCGACGCAAAGUAUUUUUCUAAGUUGGAUUUGAAAUCGGGAUAUCAUCAAAUCUCGAUCCGGCCGAACGAUCGCUACAAGUCUGCGUUCAAGACGCAGUACGGGCAUUUUGAGUGGGUGGUCAUGCCUUUUGGCCUCACCAACGCCCCGACGACCUUUCAAGCGGAAAUGACCAAUGAGUUCCAUGCAAUGUUGGACCGGUUCGUGUUGGUCUACUUAGACGAUAUUCUCGUUUAUAGCCGGUCAUUGGAGGAUCAUUUUGGACAUCUUCGACGAGUGUUGGAGACGCUCCGCCGCGCCAAGUACAAGGCCAACCACGACAAGUGCGAAUUUGUCCGGCAAGAGCUGGAAUACUUGGGCCAUUUUGUCACACCGGAGGGCAUCAGUCCGCUAUCGGACAAGAUUCAAGCCAUCCAAGAGUGGCCGGAGCCUCGGAACAUCACGGAUGUCCGCUCGUUCCUCGGUCUUACCGGCUACUAUCAGCGCUUCAUCAAAGGCUACUCCAAGAUCGCGGCCCACUUGAACAAGCUUCAAUGCGAGGAUCGGCCGUUUGACUUCGGAGAGGAGGCGCGGGAAUCAUUUUUGGCUCUCAAAGCCGCGCUAUUAUCUGUGGAGGUCUUGCGGAUAUACGGCCCGUUUUUGCCUACGCGUGUCACCACGGAUGCGUCAGGCUAUGGCAUUGGUGCAGUCCUUGAGCAACAUGAUGGUGUGGACUGGCACCCGGUCGAGUAUUUCAGCAAGAAAGUGCCCGUCGUGCAUUCCAUUGACGAUGCACGCAAGAAGGAGCUCCUCGCCUUCGUCCACGCGCUCAAGUGGUGGUGGCACUUCCUCCUUGGUCGAAGCCAAUUUCGAUGGGUAGCGGACAACAAUCCGUUGGUCUUCUAUAAGACCCAAGACACUGUCAACAGCACCAUCGCUCGAUGGAUGGCUUUCAUCGACCGGUUCGACUUCUUUCCCGAUCACAUUCCCGGGAAGUCGAACCGUUUUGCGGAUGCUCUUUCACGGCGUCCGGAUCAUUGUACCGCGGUCUACUCAACCUUUGAGAUCGACGAUGCCUUGCGGAACAGCUUCAUCCGCGGCUACCAAGCCGACCCCGAGUUUCGCGACAAGUACGCGAAUUGCUCCUCUCCUAAUCCGGCGCCUUCUCACUACCGGAUCCAAGAGGGGUACUUGCUUGUCCACACGCGGGGGAAGGACCUUCUUUGCGUACCGAGUGAUCCUCACUUGCGUACAGGGCUUCUUAGCGAGUUCCACGACGCUCCCGCCACUGGACAUUUUGGCGUCAAUCGCACGAUUGGCCGACUCCACGAGCGAUUUUGAUGGCCCGGCCUUCUCGGCGACGUCACAUGCUAUUGCGAG